CAUCUUUCCUCCCCUUCCAGGCAUCUACGCAACCGUCAGGCUAUUCCACACUUUUCCUGGGACCUCCACAACUUGCACCAUUUCCCUGCUGUACCUUUGACGCCUCAGCCGCGUGCCGCAUCCGUGUCAGGACCGCCAAGCUUGGGGCCUUCGCCUCUCGCGUCGAGGCUGUGAAGCUCGAAGCAGCCAGCUGUCAGAAAUCAUAUCGCCCUACCACCCGCUCCUCGCAACGCUUUUCGACCUCUCCUAUGCAUCAUGAAAUUUGCUAAGGGCAUACUGCUGCCCGCCCUGCUGGCAUUGGCGUCUACGGCUUUUGGGAAGAAAGACGAGCCCGUCGUAGAAGUGAGGACAUUCGACAACGAGCUUGUAAAUCUAUUCUAUUUCGAGGACUCGGAAGUCGCACUAGCCACCGAGUUUGAGACCGGAGUGGUUCACCGAACCGAAGAUGCUGGGAAGGAGUGGGUGAAGCUGGACUUUGAGGCGGGGGUGAUUAUCAAGAAUCCUUUUGACAAGCAGGUCGCCGUAGCGUUUGGAAACACAAAACACUAUAUUACAUACGAUCGCGGGAAAUCAUGGCGCGAGUUUACCACCAAAUACCGACCCUCAUGGUCAAUACCUGUGAGCUUUCAUGCGACGGACAAUAAGAAGUUACUCUAUCAUGGGGAGGAGGACAUCAUGAGUGGUAUCGGCGCGACGUAUUAUACUGAAGACGGCUUCAAGUCCAAGCCGAAACUCCUCCGCGACGACCGCAGAAUGUGUAUAUGGGCAAAGGGCACAGAUCGCUUCUUGCUCGAUAACGACAAGAGCGACAAAUACGACAAUCGCGUACUCUGUAUAACAACAGGGAAAUUCUCGCACCGCUCUAAAGACUUCAGAUUGCUCAUUUCCGACAAAUAUUUCGAUGAUGGGGACGAGCAUGAGCCCGUCAUGUCUUCUGGUCGCACUGUGUCGGGAAUGGCCAACAUGGCUUCGGUCAAAGGCUACAUAGUGGCCGCGGCAAAGUCAGAUCAUUCGAACGAACUGGCCCUCUAUGUUACAGACGACACCGAUGUGUGGCACAGGGCUGAGUUUGGCGAAGGCAAGAUUGAAGAGAACGCGUAUACAAUCCUGGAAUCCACAAACUAUAGCAUACAAGUGGAUGUCAUGACGUCAAGCCAUGCUUAUAUCGGUUCCCUCUACACCAGCAAUUCCAAUGGAACUUAUUUCACUAAGAACGUGGAAAAUACGAACCGCAACCAGGACGGAUACGUUGACUUCGAAAAGAUAUCCAAUAUCCAAGGCAUUGUUAUGGUAAACCUUGUAGACAACGCAGAUGAAGUCAAGAACCCUUUGACACCGAAGAAGCUGCGCUCAGCGAUCAGUUUUGACGACGGAAGAACGUUUCAGAGCCUCAAGGUCAAAGGCAGUGAUAAGGACCUCCACUUGCACUCCGUCACCAAUCUACGCAAUAGCGGCCGAGUCUUCUCCACUCCUGCCCCCGGCGUGGUCAUGGGUGUGGGCAAUACGGGAAAGCACUUGGGCAAGUACGAAGACGGCGAUCUUUGGGUGUCCGAUGACGCAGGUGUUACCUGGCAGCUGGCUUUGGAGUCAGCACACAUAUAUGAAUUCGGUAAUCAGGGCUCCGUGUUGGUUGCGGUGUACGAUGAAGGCGAGACCGACAAGAUAAUGUAUUCGCUCAAGCAUGGUCGCGAGGACUCGUGGAAGAAGAUCGAACUCGACUUCAAGAUUCGCGCGCGCGAGCUUACUACUACUCCCGACUCGACCAGCCUCAAAUUCAUUCUCUACGGAACCAGGGCAAAGAAGGGCGGAGGCAGGGAGUUCGUGACAGUCCAUCUUGACUUUGCGGGUUUACAUGAAGAUAAGUGCAAAGACAAAGAUUUUGAAGAGUGGGCGGCUCGCGUAGACAAGGACGGCAAACCAACUUGCGUUAUGGGCCACAAGCAGUUCUUCCGAAGAAGGAAGUGGGAUGCUGACUGCUUCGUGGAUGAGGACUUCCAAGAGCCGCUUCCUCGAUUCGAGCCCUGUGACUGUGAUGAGGUUCUUGACUACGAAUGCGAUUUUAACUUCACCCCGCAUGGAUCAGGCAAAGACAAGGAGUGCAAGCCAUCUGCAGCUCUGCAGCUUCCAAAAGGCGCAUGCAAAGGUGACGAGAAGACAUACAAAGGCCCAUCCGGUUGGAGGAAGAUUCCUGGUAACCAGUGCAAGGGCAAAACGAAGAAAGAUGAGGAGGUGGAGCGCGACUGCAAAGAAAGCUCCAAACCCCCGGCGAGUGGCAAGAUCACGCAUGCGAAGGAAACGUUCAAGGGUUCCAAUUUCCGGGAAUAUUAUUAUCUCGAGCGCGGUUCGCAAAGCAAAGACAGCGACGAGACCGUGGUCAUGCUCACGAGCGAACGAGAGGCAUGGGUUACUCACGACCAUGGGAAGAAAUGGAAGCGAGCUGUUGAUGACGACAUCGUAGCCAUCUACCCUCACCAGUACAAUAACGACUACGUUUACCUCCUUACGGGUACGGAGAAGGUUUACUACUCCAAAGAUCGAUUGAUGCGGGACAGCACGCACGACUUCAAAGCUCCGCAUAUGCCGAACACCCAAAUGCUGCAGAUCAUGCAAUUCCACUCUGGAAGUGAGGAAUCAGACUGGCUGAUAUGGGUCGGAGGCGAGGACUGCAAGAGGCCAUCCGAUCCAAAGUGUCACACUGUUGCAUCUGUCUCGCAGAAUAACGGCCAGGAAUGGAAACGUCUGUUGCCCUACGUCAAGAAGUGUGCAUUUGUAUGGAAAGAAGAGGGCAAGGUCAAGGAGAAGAAUCUCGUCUUCUGUGAGCAGUAUACAAAGGAAGAGAUGGGAAAUCCGCUCGAGCUCAUCACCAGCACCGAUUGGUUCGCUCACAAGGAUGUCAAGUUCAAGUCGGUUGUCGAGUUCGCGACCAUGUCUGAGUUUAUCGUCGUCGCAACGAAGGGAGAUGAUGGUAAAUCUCUGAAACUAGACGCGAGUCUCGACGGACAGACAUUCGCGGAUGCGAAGUUCCCGCCCAAGCUUGUGGUGGACCACCAGACGGCGUACACAGUCCUCGACAGCUCGACACAUGCGAUAUUCCUUCACGUUACUGUCAACCCACGUCGCGAUCAAGAGUAUGGCGCCCUCAUCAAGAGUAACAGCAACGGCACAUCCUACGUAAUGAGCCUUCCCAAUGUCAAUCGAAACACCGAUGGCUAUGUCGACUUUGAGAAGAUGCAGGGUAUAGAGGGUGUUGCGCUUGCUAAUGUGGUUGCCAAUGUGGAUGCCGUUAAUGGCGGCUCCAAAAAGGAGAAAAGGACGCUGAUCACCCAUAACGACGGUGUGGAUUGGCAGCCCCUUCAGGCUCCUGCCAAAGACUCGGAGAACAAACCUUACGACUGCGACGUCAGAGAUAAGGACGUAUGCUCUCUCCAUGUUCAUGGCUACACCGAGCGCGGCGAUCCCAGGGAGACUUUCUCUUCGCCUACAGCUGUUGGCAUCAUGCUUGGUGUCGGCAACGUCGGCAGGUCCCUAGGCACAUUUGGAGAGGCCUCGACGUUCAUGACCACGGAUGCCGGUGUCACCUGGAAGGAAGUGAAAAAGGGGAACUACGCCUGGGAAUUCGGUGACCAAGGCUCCAUCAUUGUUCUCGUGCAUCGUGGAAAAGAUACCAAAGAUCUGUAUUACUCGCUCGACUCAGGCGAGACUUGGAAUUCCUACCAAUUCAACGAACAUGCCAUCCAGGUCGAUGCCAUAUCGACAGUCCCGAGCGAUACAUCGCUGAACUUCCUACUCUGGGGUAGAGAUGCUAGAGAACUCGUGACCAUCAACGUUGAUUUUUCUGGGCUGGAAGAGUUCCAGGAGAAGUGCGAUUUGAAAGAAGAGGACGCGACGAGUGGCGACUACGACCUAUGGAGCCCGCAGCAUCCUAUGCAAGGAGAUCUCGAUGACCCAGAGUGCUUGUUCGGACAUGUGGCACAGUACCAUCGCAAGAAGCGCGGGGUGAAGUGUAGGAACGGAGAAAUCAUCACGCAUCUUCAUAACAUCGCCCGGAACUGCACCUGCACCCGGCGCGACUAUGAGUGCGACUACAACUACGAGCGCCAACCAGGCGGCGAGUGCAAACUCAUCCCCGGCCUCAACCCGCCCGACCCGCAAGAGGUCUGCAAAGAAAAGGGCGUCAAAGAAUACUGGACUGUCACAGGCUACCGCAAAAUCCCCAUCUCGACCUGCGAAGGCAGAGAGAUGGACCGGAUUGAAUCCAAACCCUGCCCCGGCUACGAAGAAGAGUACCGGAAGAAACACGGCAUCUCCGGGUUUGGCAUCUUCAUGGCUGUCGUCAUUCCCUUCGUUGCGGCGGGUGGUAUCGGAUACUACGUCUGGAGGAAUUGGGAUGGCAAGUUUGGCCGCAUUCGCCUCGGCGAGACGUCGUAUAGUGAGAGCCCCUGGGUCAGCUGGCCUGUGGCUGCGAUUUCCGGGCUGGUGGCGCUCGUUGCGGCGAUACCGCUUGUGGUGACCAGUGUCUGGAGGGCGGUGAGUAGCCGGUUUGGUGGCGGCUACGGGUAUGUGGGUCAGAGGUAUACAUCUAGGAGCAGUUUUGCCAGGGGGAGGGGCAACUAUGCGGUCGUGGAUGAGGAUGAGGGGGAGUUGCUCGGGGAUGAAAGUGAUGAGGAUGUAUGAGUGGGCAGGUGGCAGCAUGAUGGUGUACGAUGGAUGGGGUUGUAUAGUAAGCAGUUUGGGCUUUCAUGUACAUGUGCUAGGGUGUGUGUAUUGGCCUCAUGCUACUUGCACGGGAGCGAUAAGAUGAGGAGUCUUGCGCUUGCUUUUCUUUGCAAUAAUGCAUGGGAUUCUUGGGAUAGAUCGCUCGAAUUGAAUUUCAUUGUCUAUC